GCGCGAGCUGCAUUCCCAUUGGCUGGGAGGAUGACUUGUCGCUCGGCCUCCGUGUAUGGAUUACGGGUUGGGCAGGGCCACUGACAAGCGCAUGCGCAUUCCGGGAGAGGCCUGACAGCGGCGACAUGCAGAAGUACGAGAAGCUGGAAAAGAUCGGAGAAGGAACCUAUGGAACCGUGUUUAAAGCAAAAAAUCGUGAGACCCAUGAGAUUGUGGCUCUGAAGCGCGUGAGGCUGGAUGACGAUGAUGAGGGCGUCCCCAGCUCCGCUCUCCGAGAGAUCUGCUUACUGAAGGAGCUGAAACACAAGAACAUUGUAAGGUUACAUGACGUUCUCCACAGUGACAAGAAGCUGACGCUGGUCUUUGAGUAUUGUGAUCAGGAUCUGAAAAAGUACUUUGAUAGCUGUAAUGGCGACUUGGACCCAGAAAUUGUAAAGUCCUUCAUGUAUCAGCUGCUGAAAGGUCUGGCAUUCUGCCACAGUCGUAACGUUCUGCACCGAGACCUCAAGCCUCAAAAUCUGCUCAUCAACCGGAAUGGAGAGUUGAAGUUGGCGGAUUUCGGCCUGGCUCGGGCGUUCGGUAUCCCGGUUCGGUGUUACUCCGCUGAGGUGGUGACUCUUUGGUAUCGCCCACCUGAUGUCCUUUUUGGUGCCAAACUUUAUUCCACUUCAAUAGACAUGUGGUCGGCCGGCUGUAUAUUUGCAGAGUUGGCCAAUGCAGGGAGGCCGUUAUUCCCCGGAAAUGAUGUAGACGACCAAUUGAAGAGGAUUUUCCGAUAUCCUUUGUUGCACCUACAAUUUGGCGCAGUGCAGGGGGGAGGGGUGUAGACCUAUUUAAGGACACGUUAUAGAUAGGACUUUUCCUUAAUCCAGAACACAUUGCUCGGAACCCCGACUGAGGAGCAAUGGCCGACUAUGACAAAACUACCGGACUAUAAGCCCUACCCCAUGUAUCCGGCUACCACAUCUCUAGUGAAUGUUGUACCUAAGCUGAACGCCACUGGAAGAGACUUACUACAGAACUUGCUGAAAUGUAACCCGGUUCAGAGGAUUUCGGCAGACGAGGCUCUUCAGCACCCGUACUUUGCAGAUUACUGCCCCCCAUAGGUUGCCCCCCAGGGCUGUACCUUCAAACCCCCUCCUCCCACCUUUUAUUCUCAUCAUACAUCAUCUCAGUGACUUGCCCGUCCUGCAUGGUCUCAUACCCCAUGUACACUCCUAGACUCCCUGAUAUAAAUGUGGCCCCAAGAAUACCCGCCUCCCGUUCACCAUGGAUGAGAUAUCAGUAUGUAACCUCUGUGGGUGGAGCCUAUUGGGCACUGGGUGGAGUUUACCUUCAGUGGGAGGGGUUACUUCUAUACUGGGUAGAGUCUGCUAGCGGUGUAGGGCCUGUUAUUCUGAGUUGUGGGAGGGGCGUAUGUUUUAUGGGCGGGGCCUAUUCGUAACUGGUAGUGUAUACAUGGGCGCAGCCCAGCAGGGGGCAGGCUAGAGCGUUCAUUCCAAUGCCACAGAAUUCCAAUCAAUACAGCCUUAUAUCGAGUUCAGGACCCUCCCCCCUAAACGCUGCAUAUCCUCUCCCUUUAAUUUAUUUUUUGAGCCCCACAAUAGGCGGAGGCCUCUCAGCUCCUCCCCCUGUUACUCUUGUAUAUUUUAUGUACAUUUUUGGAUGAUUUGUAUGUAUGUUUUUUUUUUUUCUUUUAUCCUGUAAAUGGAGAAAUGCAGUUUUAUUUUACAGACAUUUUGAGUUUGUUUUUGCUUCUUCUUCUUGACCUUUAAAGGGGUACUCCGGUGGGAAACAAUUUUUAUUUUAUUUUAAAUCAACUGGCUCCAGAAAGUAAAACAGAUUUGUAAAUCACUUCUAUUAAAAAAAAUCUUAAUCCUUCCAGUACUUAUCAGCUGCUGUAGUUCAGUUGUUCUUUUCUGCCUGACAACAGUUCUCUCUGCUGACACCUCUGUCCAUUUUAGGAACUGUCCAGAGUAGUAUCAAACCCCCAUAGCAAACCUAUCCUGCUCUGGACAGUUCCUGGCAUGGACAGAGGUGUCAGCAGAGAGCACUGUGGCCAGACAGAAAAUAAAUUCCAAAAGAAAAGAACUUCCUUUGUAGUAUACAGCAGCUGAUAAGUACUGGAAGGAUUAAGAUUUUUUAAUACAAGUAAUUUACAAAUCUGUUUAACUUUCUGCCACUAGCGGAUUUGUAAAACAAAAAAAAAUGUUUUCCACUGGAGUACCCCUUUAAAUUUUAUUGAUUUUCGGGAUUAUUGGAUGACCACAGAAACACUUGGAUUGUGAUCAGAGCGCAGUACACUGCAAUACCAUAGUAUUGAUUGCGCAAACAAAUGUAUGUUCGAGUCCUAGUGAAAUAAAAAAAAAUGUUUUCCUAUUUAUAAUGUAAACAAUUAGAACAAUUGGUAUAAAAAAAAAACUACAGCUAAAUUGAGUUAAAAGUAAUCAAAAUGUCAUGUACCACAAAAUGUUAUCAAUAAGAUAAGCUACAAUCCACUUAAAAAAAAGAGCCCUGACACAGUUCAAUUGUAGGAAAAACAAAAAAGAUUUUAGCAAAUUUGACUUUUUGUGUCAAAGUAACAAAAACACUCUGGGGUUCUUUUUCUUAUUAGUGCCUAUUAUUAUUAUUAGUAUAGCCUAUUAUUAGACAAU